AUGUCGACAAGUACUCCCGCUUCGCGACUACAAAGUCCGGGCGACCGCAAUCUCAAAAAUGUCGUGCUAGGAGACCUCCUAUUCAAGCCAUGGUACCAGUCCAUCUACCCCGAAGACUUGGUCGCGAAAGAUGCCGAUCGCCUCUAUGUUUGUCGCUGGUGCUUUCGAUAUUCCUGUGACAGCGAAACUUUCGCAGCCCAUGCACAAGUCUGUGAGCAUCGCACAACACCACCUGGCACAAAAGUAUAUGACCACGGGGGAUAUGCGGUUUGGGAGGUAGAUGGGGAGCAACAUAAGCUCUUUGGACAGAACCUGUCACUAUUCGCAAAGCUAUUCCUCGACCACAAAACUGUAUUUUUCGAUGUCGCGACAUUUCUCUACUAUAUCUUGACAUUCACCGACCCCGAAAAUGCAGAGAACUACCAUGUACUCGGUUUCUACUCCCAAGAAAAGCUCUCCUGGGACGCAAACAAUCUUGCCUGCAUUUGCGUCUUUCCACCAUAUCAACACAGACAGCUGGGGAAGCUUUUGAUGGGAGUGAGCUAUAAGCUGAGCGGCUGGGACUCACCCGGUGGAUAUAUCGGUGGUCCCGAAAAACCACUGAGUGAUUUGGGCCAAAAGAGCUACAAUCGUUUCUGGGCUGAGCGAAUCGCAAGAUAUAUACUGCGCGACAAGCAAGGAGAAGAUGCUGCCCAGAUAACCUCCCACAAACCAAGCUCUCCUUCAAAACGCAAGAAACCUCAGCGCGAAACUCUAACCGUGGAAGAGAUCGGUCUCGCCACUGGAAUGUUGACAGAAGAUGUUAUUACUGCUGUCAAGAGUAUGGGGGUUGCUCAACCCGAGAAGAAGCGCAAAAUGAGUCGGCUUAUGGGAGAGAAUGAAGCUGAACAGGGCCCUAAGAUGUUGAUUCGUAAGUCGGAUGUCUGGAGUUGGGCCAAGACCCACCAUCUUUCACUGGAAGAUCCUGUGAGGGAAGAAGGCUUCGUCAGGAGAUUGCAAUCUCGACAUACACCAGGGGACGACGAGAGCAGCGUGGAUGACUGA